AUGGACCUAAAAGGGCUUCAUCUUCUGUUUCUCCUACUGCUGUCCCAAGGAAUUCAUCUUGCUCAAGGAAGUUGUGGCAGUGGAGAGUUUCAAUGCACUUCUGGACAAUGCAUCAACAAAGCUUGGAGGUGUGAUGGGACUAAAGACUGUGCAGAUGACUCAGAUGAGCUGAACUGUCCACCUCCAUCAUGCACCUCGCAGGAGUUUAAGUGUGUAACAAGCGGUGAAUGCAUCUCUUCGGGAUUUGUCUGCGACGGAGAGGAAGAUUGUAUUGAUGGAUCAGAUGAACAAAGAACUUGUGGUGGGCAGACCUGCAGCCCGGACCAGUUCACCUGCCAGGAGGGCCAGUGUGUCCCCAGCAAAUACAGAUGUGACCACGUAAAGGACUGCGUGGACAACUCUGAUGAGAACAACUGCAACUAUCCCCCUUGUACUGAGAAGACGUGUGCCAAUGGGGCCUGUUACAACAACACUCAGCACUGCAAUGGGCUGCAGGACUGUAGAGAUGGCUCUGAUGAAUUCAACUGCACGACACAGCACUGUCCCAUCCACCAGUAUGAGUGUGCAAACGGCUACUGUAUCCCUCGUCCGUUUGUCUGUGACCACUGGGAUGACUGCGGGGACAACAGCGAUGAGCAAGGCUGUGCGUACCAGAGCUGUAGUGGCGGUGAGUUCACAUGUUCGAGUGGCCGCUGUAUUCCUCAGCGCUGGGUGUGUGACGAGUUCAACGACUGUGGGGACUUCAGUGAUGAGAGAGGAUGUGAUAGUAACUCUCGAUCCUGUUACCCUGGCGAGUGGGGAUGCCCGGGCUCGACAUUGUGUAUACCAGUGGGCAAAGUGUGUGACGAAAAACCUGACUGUCCUGGAGGAACCGAUGAGACCAACGCCACAGCACAGCAAACCUGCAGCCUUGACCAAUGCUCUGCCUUGAGUUGUGAGUACCUGUGCCACCCGUCUCCUCAGGGGGGGGCCUGCUACUGCCCUGAUGGUUUCACUGUAGCCAACGACAGCCGUUCCUGUGUAGACUAUAAUGACUGUCAAAUCUGGGGGAUCUGUGACCAGCUGUGUGAAGAUCGUCCUGGAACACACCACUGUAGCUGUGCUGAUGGAUACUUCUUGGAGCAGGGUCACGUGUGCAAAGCCAAUGUGUCAGCUGGAUUGCCACAGCUCAUUUUCACCAACGGGGGUGAUGUGAUGAUGGCGGAUAUACAUGGACGUUUUGUCAGAACUCUGGUGCCGUCCCAGGGCAAAGGUUAUGCUGUAGGUGUGGCAUAUCACUGGCACAGCGACACAGUCUUCUGGAGUGAUACAAACACCAAAAAGGUGUACUCUGCGAACUACAAUGGGGGGAACAUUAAGGAGGUUCUGACUGCUGCAGUCCAGAAUGUACAGAACCUCGCUUUGGACUGGAUCAACUUCAAACUCUACGUCCUCGAGGCUAUGAUGGAGCGUAUCGACAUGUGCGACUUUGAUGGAGGGAAUCGGGUCACACUGGUGGCUGAAAACCUGCAGACUCCUCACGGCCUGGUCCUGGACCCCACAGUGGGCUACAUGUUCUUCACAGACAUGGGCGUUUCCAGUGAGCAGAUGAAGCUCGAACGCGCCUUCAUGGACGGCAGUAAUCGUAUUGAGCUGGUGAAGAAGGGACUGGGCAUUCCAACAGGAAUCACCUUAGAUAUCGUGACUCAGAGGGUCUACUGGUCCGACAGCCACUUUGACACGGUGGAGACCGUCACCUACAGCGGCCUGGACAGGAAAAUGGUACUAAAUGGUGCAACCCAGGCUCCACAUCCUUUUGGAAUUGCUGUGUUUGAAAACAACGUGUUCUUCACGGACUGGACCAAGAUGGGUGUGGUUAGAGCCAACCGGUUCAACGGCAGCAACCCAGCUCUCCUCUAUCGCACUGCCAAGCGCCCCGGCCAUGUUGUAGUGUCACACCCUGCCCUGCAACCCGUUGUGAUGAACCCCUGCGGCCGACACAACGGAGGCUGUCAGCAGAUUUGUGUGUUGAGUCACCGCUCCGACAAUGAUGGUCUGGGCUUUCGCUGCAAGUGUAGCCAUGGUUACGACCUGCAUUCAGACCGCCGGACCUGCUAUAAGGUGAAGGACUUCCUGUUGUUGGCCACCUCUCUGGGGGUGCGGGCCAUCCCACUGAACUUGUCCCUGCAGGAGGACAUCGCCCUGCCCCUCUCUGGGCUCGGGACGUCUUUCUUUGGCUCAGCUGUGGAGUUUGACGGCAAAGAGGAAGCCAUUUUCUACAACGACAGGUCCAGAGGCCUCGUCUAUAAGUCCAACCUCAAUGGCACUGUCCAACAGAUCUUAACGGGUUACAGAGUGGGAAUAAUUGACGCCAUGGCUUACGACUGGACCUCUAAGGUCUUGUUUUGGACCACGAGCACUUACAAGUCGGUGGUGGCCUUCAGAGUCGCAGACAAGUCGAGACGAGACGUUGUGACGGGAUUAAGGAACCCAAAAGGAAUCGCAGUGCAUCCCAGUGCUGGCUACUUGUUCUGGUCUGACUGGUACCGUCCCGCGGUCAUCAUGAAAGGCUUCACAGACGGCAGCAACGCAGUUCCUCUGGUCAACACAACGCUGGGAUGGCCGUGUGGACUUUCUGUUGACUACGUGAUGGACCGGCUGUACUGGGUGGAUUACCAGUUGGAACAGAUUGGUCACAUUGGCAUCGAAGGAUACGACAGACAAACGUUUACCAAUAUCGGCCAGAUCACACAACCCUACUCCCUAACCAUCUAUUCAGACUACCUGUAUGUAGCUGAUGUAAGGACCAGAGGAGUAUUCGAGAUGAGGAAGAGGGAUGGAGGAGGAAACAUCAUGAUCAGACAAGGAGUCACCGGCAUCAUGAACGUCAAGGCCUACACAGCUGACCUGCACAGCGCUAUCACCAGCCGCUGCAAUGUGGUGGCCAACGGGCUCUGCAGCCACUUCUGUUUCCCGACCCCCUCCUACAGUCGAGUGUGUGGCUGUCCAUAUGGCAUGAAACUUCAGGCCAAUCAGAGGGACUGCAUCAAAGACGAUUCUGUUCCCCCACCUGAUAACAACUGUGGAGACCUCGCCUUUGAGUGUGAUGAAGGACGCUGCAGGCCCAACUCCUACCGCUGUGACGGAAUUAGUGAUUGUGUUGAUAAGUCUGAUGAGGCCAACUGCACCGAUACAGGAGCGACCUGCUCUCCGAACGCGUUCACCUGCAACAACAAGCACUGUAUCCAUUCCGGUUGGCGCUGUGAUGGCAUGGAUGACUGCGGGGACGGCUCUGAUGAGACGAACUGUCCCACUCGUCUUCCCACCACGUGUGACCCCAGCUACUUUACCUGUGAUAACAACAGGUGUAUCUCUAAAAUAUGGUUGUGUGACGGUGACAACGACUGCGGCGACGGCUCGGAUGAACACAACUGCAAUUCGACCAUCACUACAUGCUCUCCAAACUACUUCCUGUGUCCCGACCACCGCUGCAUUUUCAACUCCUACGUGUGCGAUGGAGACCAGGAUUGUCUUGAUGGCUCUGAUGAGAAAAACUGUGAGUACGCCUGUGCCUCCCAUGAGUUUGCCUGUGCCAGUGGGGACCAGUGCGUCAGUUCCACAUAUCAGUGUGACGGAGUGUUUGACUGCAGGGACCAUUCUGACGAGCGAGACUGUCCCACCCGAGGUCCAGGCCUCUGCCACGAUGAGGAGUUCCAGUGCCAGACGGAUGGUUUCUGCAUCCCAAAGGAGUGGGAGUGUGACGGCCAUCCAGACUGCGAGGACGCGUCUGACGAACACAACUCCUGCGCCCCUAUCACCUGCAGGCCCAACUAUUUCCAGUGUACCAACAAGAUAUGCAUCCCAGCAAGCUGGUUGUGUGACGGCGACAACGACUGCCGGGACAUGAGUGAUGAGCAGAACUGCCCCACCCCUCCAUUCAGCUGCCCCUCUGGACAGUGGCAGUGCCCCACGGACCUGCUGUGCAUCGACCUGGACAAGGUGUGCAACGGCCAGAGGGACUGCCCCAAUGGAGCCGAUGAGUCGCCUAUUUGCAACCAAGAUGACUGUGGGCUGAACAACGGGGGCUGCAGUAACGGCUGUGUCCAAGGACCGUUUGGGGCUCAGUGCACCUGUCCGUCAGGAUUUCAGCUUCUCAACGACUCCAAGACCUGCGAAGACAUCGACGAGUGUCUGAUCCCAGGUUUCUGCAGCCAGCAGUGCUUCAACGAGAGAGGAAGCUUCCGGUGCUACUGCUCAGAGGGUUACAUCCUAGAGCCUGAUGGGCGCACCUGUAAAGCUGCAGACCCAGGAGCAGCUACACUUCUGGUUGCCAAGCGAAGCCAGAUCAUCGCCAAUCGGAUCAACAUGAGACCCCCCCUGUUGCGUCCAGUUGUCAGCGGUUCGAGCAUCGUGACUGUGGACUUUGAUCGUGUAACUUCCAGAAUAUACUGGGCAGAUGCCUCGCAGAAGAAGAUAUGGAGUGCCUACCAGAACGGCACCGACAGACGGGAAGUGUUCUCCACCGGUCUGAUGGUACCAGAGAGUAUAGCUGUGGACUGGGUGGGGCGGAACCUUUAUUGGACCGACUCUGUGAUGGAGAACAUUGAGGUCUCAACUCUGGACGGUCGCUUUCGGAAAGUCCUUCUCACCAAGAAUGUUACCAGCCCCCGGGGACUGGUUUUAGACCCCCGAAACUACAGCGAUAACAAAAAACUCAUCACACUGUCAUUCCUCGCUCCAUUCACCAACCUUGAUGUUCUGGUCGACUGGGGUCAGAACCCCAGGCAUCGAGCGGGCCGGGAAACAGACCAUGGAUUGGAGCAUGAGAAAGGUCAUCGUCAGCCCACAAACCUCUUACUGGAGCCCAACGGGCCUCGCCCUGGACUACACCACCGCAGGCAUCCAACCAUGCAGAGAGCACCGUGCACUCAGCUGUGUCUGCUGGCAGGCCUCAGACCCCGUCUACACUGCCACUGUCAGUGCUGGAAGCUCGAUGCCGAAAAACGCACCUGGUCAAAAGAUGACACUCCCUUCUUGAUGGUGGUGAGAGAUUCUGUGAUUAUUGGCAUUCCCCUGGACCCCGCUGACCCUUCCAACAAUGCAAUGGCCCCAGUGUCCGGCAUCAGCCAGGGGCGGGACAUCGACUUCGACGACCAGCUGCAGUUAAUCUAUUGGGUCCAAAGCACUGGUUCUAUAUGGCAAGUGAAGACCAGCGGUACCAACAGGUCUGAGUUUGCUCCAGCUGCUUUCAUGGGCUCGCCGUCUGGUCUGGCUUUUGAUUGGAUAGGCCGGAUUAUGUAUUACACCAAUCCCACUGUGAAGACCAUAGAGGUUAUCCGUGUGGAUGGAGUCCAGCACUACAGGAAGACCCUCAUCACCUUCACUGGUAAACCUGAGGGAGCAGGAGAGCCCAUUGGAAUAGCCCUGGAUCCAGCCCGAGGGAAAUUGUUUUGGACAGAUAAGGGGUCAGACAAUGGAGUUCCCCCAAAGGUUGGCAGUGCUGAUAUGGACGGGGGGAAUCCCAGGAACCUCUACACAGAGAACCUGGCCAACAUAGGAUACAUCGCUGCUGACAUCUCCACCAGGAAACUCUACUGGGGUGUUUCGGGCUCAGGGGUGAUUGAGAGUGGUACCAUGGAUGGAGUCACCCGGAUGGCGGUGGUGAACGGCCUGUCCCACCCAUGGGGGCUGACGAUCCACGAGAACCACCUCUACUACACCGACCUGGACUACGAGGUCAUCGAGAGGGUGGACAAGGACAACGGGGCCAACAUGGUGGUGAUGAGGAGCGGCAUGUCUGGCCUGCGCGCCCUAAAAGUGCACGCCAGAGACAAUUCAGCAGGGACCGCCAACGCCUGCAGCUCCAACAACGGGGGCUGUCUCCACCUCUGUCUUCCAACACCAGACAAUAAGAAGACCUGUGCCUGCACUACAGGAUUCAACCCUUCUCCAGACGGCUCCCGCUGUGAACAAUAUGAGUCGUUUGCAAUUGUCUCCACAUCAAAGUACAUCCGUGGCUUCCACAUAAACAGCUCCGACCACUCCGAGGCUAUGGUGCCUGUCGGCGGACCUUCCUACUCCGUUAAAGGCAAGUUGGACCUCCAUAUUGAAUCUGGCUUUGUGUACUGGAGUGACAACAGCACCUCCACCUCAUACAGGGGCAUCUUCAGGGCCAAGACAGACGGAGGAAGAUACAGCACUGUCCUCAACUCUGGCAUUGGAAAAGGAGGCAUUCAGGGCUUUGCUGUAGACUGGAUUGCAGGUAACCUAUACUUUACCAAUGCCUUCGAAGGCGAGACAUUCCUGGAGGUGCUUGCCAUCAACACCACGUACCGGAUGAUUCUCCUCAAGUCUUCGCAGGACCAGCCUCGUGACGUGGCUGUCAGCCCUAAACUCCGCUACCUCUUCUGGACUGAUGGUGGCCAAACACCCAAAAUCGAGCGAGCCUCGCUGGACGGCACAAACCGCACUGUGUUGGCUUCAGAAAGCUUAGCGUCCCCUCGUGGCCUGACCAUUGAUUACACCAAUGAUUUCCUCUACUGGACAGAUGACGUUCUUGAUAUGAUCUCCAGAAUGGCCGUAGACGGCACACAGAGACAGAUUGUUCGGUACGGGAGCCGGUAUCCGUCUCCAACAGGGAUGGCUAUAUUUGGAAACUACAUGCUGUGGGUGGAUCAAAAGCUAGGGAAGCUCCUACAGGCCAGUAAGGACCCGGCCAAUACCGACCAGCCAGAGGUUAUUUUGGAUAAUCUUGACGGGCUGAUGGAUGUCUCUAUCUUUGAUGCUCAUGUCCAGCCGACAUCAGCCAACCAGGUGGGCUUCAACCCGUGUCAUGAAGAUAAUGGACGCUGCCAGCAGCUCUGCUUCGCCCUGCCAGGCCAGGAGGCUCCGAAAUGUGGCUGUGCUCAUGGGUCACUCCUUAAUAACGGAGUAACAUGCGGUUACGGACUGGACGAGUUUCUAGUUUUCACCACAGACUUCACGCUGAAUAGCAUGAGGUUAGAUCCUGCAGAUCACAGCACCCCCUAUCCAACCGUGAACUUAGGCUACAACUUGAUGGCUUUGGAUUAUGACUUCAAAGAGAAGAGAAUUUUCUUCACCCAGAGUUUGGGAAUUGGUCGGAGCAGAAUUGGCUACGUCACCACAACAUCCAUCACCACCCCGCCUGUCAUUCUGGCUACAAAUUUGGAUGACCCAGAGGGAUUGGCGUAUGAUUGGGUGAACAAGCGUCUCUACUUCACUGACUACUACAGCCGCACUGUCCAAUCUAUAGGGGCGGAUGGGACGAACCGCUCAACCAUCGCCCAUGCAAACCGUCCCAGAGGCAUCAUUGUUGACCCCUGCUACGGCUACCUGUACUGGACUGACUGGGGCUAUCCAGCUAAGAUUGAGAGGGCCACACUGGGGGGAAACUUCCAGACCUCCAUCAUCAACACCAGCCUGUCCACGCCCAACGGCCUGUCUCUGGAUUACGAGGAGAGGAUGCUCUACUGGGCUGACUCCUCAUUAGACAAAAUUGAGAGGGCCACUCUGACUGGGGAGAACCGACAAGUGAUCGUGCAGGGGGCCCAGUACCCGUACGCCAUGACCGUCUUCAAACAGGAUAUCUUCUGGACCGACUGGACUGAGAGAGCCGUCUUUAGGGCAGGGAAGGACGAUGGCUCUGACUUUGCAGUGCUGGCCCAGGACAUGCAGUACCGACCAAACGACAUCCAUGUUUAUUCCGCGUCGAAGCAGGAGAGCUGCAACAGCUCCUGUCAGCAGUUCAACGGAGGCUGCAGCAAUAUCUGUGUUUCUGGUCCGCUGGGCCCUGAGUGCCAGUGUCCUCAUGAGGGGAAGUGGUACCUGGCCAACAACGGCAAAGACUGUGUCAAAGACACGGGGAAACGCUGCGAGCCAGAUCAGUUCACCUGUCUCAGCGGUGACUGCAUCUCAGCGCGCUGGAAGUGUGACGGCUACAACGACUGCUACGAUAACUCAGAUGAGCUGGAGAGAGUGUGUGGUGAGAGAAGAGGUUUAAUCUGACUGAAACAUGUAACGACUGUUUUCUGUUGCUCCUCCUGCUCAGCCUUCCACACCUGCUCCGCCAUGGACUUCACCUGUGACAAUGGCCGCUGCGUGCCGAUGAGCUACGCCUGUGACUACACGGACGACUGUGGUGACAACAGUGACGAACGAGGGUGCCCCUUCCCCACCUGUAACCCCUCCACAGAGUUCACCUGCACCAACGGGCGCUGCAUCAGUGCAGCCUUUGUCUGUGACGGACACAACGACUGCCGAGACAACACCACCUCCGACGAGAUCAACUGCCCUGACAGGACGUGUCCUGCAGGGCAGAUCAAGUGUGAACGCAACAACAUCUGCAUCGACCCUGAGAACCUGUGUGAUGGCUACAACAACUGUGGAGACAACAGCGAUGAGAAUCCUCUCUUCUGCGCGGGUCACACAUGCUCUCCGGAUCAGUUCAGGUGCGAUGGAGGGAAGUGUAUCCCAGACUUUUGGGUGUGUGAUUCCGUCCGAGACUGCAAUGACGGGACAGAUGAACCUCUCUCCUGCAAGGAUCAAAUCAAAACAUGCGGCCCAAGCCAGUUCACCUGUACAAAUGGAAACUGCAUCCCCCAGUUAUUGGUCUGCGAUGGCAACAACGACUGCUGGGACGACAGUGACGAGGCUCCAGAGCUGCAGUGCGGCCAACGCACCUGCAGUUCGGACCAGUUCACCUGUCUGACCUGGUUCCCCGGCUACCCGCGCUGUGUGCCGUUAAGCUUUGUGUGUGAUGGGGACAAAGACUGCGCCAACGCGGCCGAUGAGCUCCAGAACUGCCCCAACCGCACCUGCCACAUGAAUGAGUUUGCCUGUUCCAACGGGCUCUGCAUCUUCCUCCCCUACCACUGCGACCGUGUGAAUGACUGCGGGGACGGCAGUGAUGAGUUGGGCUGUAGCUAUGACACCUGCAGCAGCAGCGAGUUCACCUGCAGUAACGGCGCCUGCACCCCCGCCUCCUUCGCCUGCGACGGGGAGAGCGACUGCAUGGACGGCUCGGAUGAGGCCGACAGCUUGUGCGUCACGACCCAGCCCACCUGUGCUCCCACGCAGUACAUGUGCAAGUCAGGCGAGUGUAUCGACAUCAACAAGGUGUGCAACGGACAGAAGGACUGCCAGGACAACAGCGACGAGAAAGGAUGCGGAAUCAAUGAGUGCCGUAGCCCGUCAGUCCACAAGUGUGCGCAGCUGUGCACCGACACCCUCACCGGGUUCUACUGCUCCUGCAACGCCGGCUACCGACUCAUGCCCGAUGGCAAAGCGUGCGAGGACCUCGAUGAGUGUACCAGCACACCCGCCGUCUGCAGCCAGGUCUGCGAGAACACUGUCGGGUCGUACCACUGCAAAUGUGCCCCGGGGUACCUCCGUGAACCGGACGGACGCACCUGUCGUCAGAACAGUGGCAUUGCGCCCUACCUGUUGUACAGCAACCGCUACUACAUCCGAAAUAUAACCACCGAUGGGUCACAUCUGAGUAUCGUCCUGCAGGGGCUCUCCAAUGUAGUGGCUUUAGAUUUUGACGACCAAGAGAAGAGGCUUUAUUGGCUGGACGCGGGGACGGGGAAGAUUGAGAGGAUGCGUUUUGACGGGACUGACAGGGAGACGUUGAAAGACGAUGCAAGAGAAGUUGAAGGCCUGGCGCUGGACUGGGUGGGCAGGAAGUUGUACUGGGUGGACGGUUAUUACGGUUCGGUUCAUGUGAUGGAGCUGGAUGGGCGCUACCAGAAGAGACUGCUGUCAGGAGAAUUCACAGAAGGAAAUACAACUUAUGUCAUCAGCCGACCUCGUGCUGUGGCUGUUAACCCGAAAUAUGGAUGGCUGUACUGGACUGACUGGGGUGACACAGCAUAUAUCGGCAGAGUCGGCAUGGAUGGAAGCAACAUCAGUGCCAUCAUCACAACCAAGCUGGAGUGGCCCAACGCUCUGACCAUCGACUACACCACCAACAAGAUCUUCUUCGCUGAUUCCCACCUGAACUUUCUGGAUUUUGCCGACAUGGACGGCAAGAACCGCCACCGGGCCAUUGCUGGUACACUUCCUCAUGUCUUUGCUGCUUCCCUGUUUGAGGACUGGGUCUACUGGACGGACUGGAACACACACACAGUGGAGAAGGCUCACAAGUACACAGGAGAGCAGCGCACGACCAUGGGCAACAACACGCAUCGGCCCUAUGACAUCCGCGUCUCCCACCCCUACAGGCAGCCUCGCAGUGAAAACCCCUGCUCCUCCCAUUACCUGACCUGCAGUCACCUGUGUCUGGUUGCCCCCGGCGGGGAGAGAGCUACCUGCCAGUGUCCAGAUCACUUCAUCGGCCUCGCUGUGGGCUUCAAGAUCCAGUGUGUCGCUGACUGCUCAAGCACGCAGUUCAGAUGCGGGGACAACGAGAAGUGUGUUUCUAUAUGGUGGAAGUGUGACGGCCAGUCAGAUUGUGGUGACGGCUCAGAUGAACCUCAGACCUGCCCGCCCCGUUUCUGCCCCAUCGGCCAGUUCCAGUGUCAGGAUGGAAACUGCACCUACCCCGGCUUCCUCUGCGACGGCCACUCCGACUGCCCUGACAGCUCAGAUGAGGAUGCAGCUCUCUGCAGUGACCACCGAUGCCAGGAAAACCAGUUCCAGUGUAAGAACAAGAAGUGCAUCCCAGUCUCCUGGCACUGCGACGGAGUGAAUGACUGUGGGGACGGCAGCGACGAAGACGCAGACAUGUGCUCGCAGAGGACCUGCACACCGGGACAGUUCCGGUGUGCUAACGGACGCUGUCUGCCGUCCAGCUACGUGUGCGACGCCCAGGACGACUGUGGGGACGGAUCUGAUGAGCCGUAUGAAACCUGCAUGGGUCCGGACUACAAGUGUGAUGCGGACACUGAGUUCUCCUGUAAGACAAACUACCGCUGUGUCCCUCAGUGGGCUCGCUGCGACGGCACCAACGACUGCAUCGACAACAGCGACGAGCAGGGCUGCGAGGAGGUGACCUGUGAUCCUCUGGGAGAUUUCCGAUGUGACAACCACCGCUGUGUCCCCAUCCGCUGGCAGUGUGACGGCAGCGACAACUGUGGGGACGGCUCGGAUGAAAGGAACUGCCAGCCGAGGCCUUGCUCUGAGAGUGAGCAUCGAUGUGACGACGGACAGUGCAUCCCUGGAAACUGGGUCUGUGACUAUGACAACGACUGUGGGGACAAUUCGGAUGAACGGGACUGUGAGUUUCAGACGUGUCGCCCAGGAUCCUUCCAGUGUGGCUCAGGUCACUGUGUCCCCGCCGCGCUGCAGUGUGACGGCCGGCCCGACUGCCAGGACCUGUCGGAUGAGACCAGCUGUCCUACUCGUUACCCAGGAGGCCGUUGGUGUCCUCAGAAUGAGUUCCAGUGUGCGAACCGUCUGUGUGUGAGCCAGAGCUGGGUGUGUGACGGAGAAGAUGACUGCGGGGACCGCUCCGACGAACAGCUCACUUUAUGCUUGAGCGUCACCUGCGAGCUGCCGUUCAGGUUCCGCUGUGCAAACGGCUACUGCCUCUACUCCGGCCUGAUGUGCAACCAGAAGGACGACUGUGGGGACGGCAGCGACGAGAAGGAAGAACUCUGCCGCGAGCCCACGCUGCCGCCCUGCACUCUGGAAGAGUUUAAAUGCACCAACGGACACUGUGUGGCCCUGCCGUACGUCUGUGACCACAACGACAACUGUGGGGACCGCACCGAUGAAUUAGGCUGCAAUUUUGGCCAAGAUCGCAACUGUGAUGAGAAGCUGUGCCAGCACGAGUGCACCAACCUGAACGGCACCGGCUUCAUCUGCUCCUGCCGGCCCGGAUACACCGUGGACCCAGUCAGCACCUACACAUGCAUGGACAUCGAUGAGUGCGAGGUGUUCGGCACCUGCCCUCAGGUCUGUAAGAACACCAAGGGCGGCUACGACUGUGAGUGUUCCCAAGGCUACCGGAAAGUGGGCAACGGAAACAUGUGCGAGGCUGAGGGAACGACCCCCCUGCUGCUUCUUCCGGAGAACAUUCGUAUCCGGAGGUUCAACCUGCAGACGGAGGCCUACCACGACUUCCUCCGAGAAGAGGAGCACAUCAUGGCCCUGGACUACGACUGGGACCACAACGACACCGGACUCAGUGUGGUGUACUUCACUGUAGCCGGUAAGGACUCUGCAGCGGGGGCCAUUAAGAGAGCGUACAUCCCCUCAGUGGACGAUGGCAGCAACAACAUCGGUGCUGCUGUCGACCUCGGCAUUAAAUACAUCACCACACCAGACGGCAUCGCUGUGGACUGGGUGGGCAGGAACCUCUACUGGGCAGACUCCAGGGUGAAGAGGUUAGAGGUGGCCAUGUUGGACGGACGCUACAGAAAACAACUAGUCAAGACUGAUCUGGGACAUCCGUCUGCUGUGGCCGUCAACCCACGACUGGGGAUGUUGUACUGGGCGGACCGUGGGGAAGCUGCCAAGAUCGAGUGCUCCUGGCUGGAUGGGCAGGAGAGGAAAGUCCUGGUGAGCGACGGCCUGGGUUGGCCGACUGGUCUGUCAAUCGACUUCACCAACGGCGACAGAGUCUACUGGUCGGACUCCAAGGAGAGCCGCAUAGAGUCUGUUCUGCCCUCAGGAGAGGGACGCAGAACUGCCGUCUACAUCGAUGUGAGGAACCCCUUCAGUGUGAGUGUGUUCGAGGAUCACGUUUAUUGGAGCACUCAGGAGAAAGGCGAAGUGUUUCGGCAGGACAAAUUUGGCCGCGGAUCAAAAACCAAGCUGCUGACCGCGGGGCCGUGGCUGACCCAGGUCUCUGUGUACCAGCAGCAGAGAUACAACUCACUAGAUAUGAAGAGUCCGUGUAAGGGAACCUGCAGCCACCUGUGUCUGCUCCGGCCGGGGGGGUACACCUGCGCCUGCCCCCAGGGGACCAGCCUCAUCCCCGGCAGCCACACCGAGUGUGAUGCAGGUUUUGAUCCCCCGCCCACCAUGCCCCCACAGUGUCAGUGUCAAAAUGGAGGCACCUGUUACUUUGAUGACAACAAGGCUCUCUGCAAAUGUCCUCCAGAGUGGACGGGAGAUUACUGCCAGAAAAACAAAUAUGACGCGGUCACAUCCUCAAUUGGCAUAGCGAUCGGGGUGACAGCAUUGAUCGUGGUUCUGCUGGGAGCUCUGGUCUAUGCUGCCAGGAAGAAGUCCAGCCUGUUAAGCCUUCUGCCCAGUAUGCCCUCGAUGCCGUCCAUGCCCUCCAUGCCCAACCUGCCAAGCUUCAGAAAUAGUGCGUCUCCAAAUGCAUCGAGAACAGAGGAGAGUGAAGCGGGGCUGAAUUGUGAAGCGGUUCCCUGUAUGUCGGUGUCCAUGUUGGAAACAGACGUGAAGAGUUUUGAGAACCCGGCAUAUCAAGUUGAAGAACAACCUCCUUCCACGAGCGCAGUGGCAGCUACCUCCGCAAACGAGCGGAACAUGAUGAACCCUUUGUAUGUGGAGGAAGUUAAAGUUGUGGACGAGCCCUCGAGAAGUGCAAACACACCCACUGUCAACAUGGAGCCUUUUGAGAACCCGUCAUUCGGCUCAGACGUGGAAGAUAUCGACGUCGCUUCUACCCAACAACCUGCUUCCAGCAUACAGCGGUUGGAACCCAUUGAUGAUGAGAGUUUUGGGUCUUUCCAAAACCCCACAUACGCUGAGCAAAGACCAGAUUCGGACAUUUGACUCGACCUCGUCAUCAGAGAUUAAACUGGAUGGCGUUCAGGACUGAAAACUCGUCAUUUCCUUUGGAGGGAGGAUGCAGAACAAAUCAACCAAAACAUUUUGUAAAAGAAAGAAAAUGAAUGAAAUUAUUUAAUGUGAGAUUUGUUUUUAUUAU